AUGCAUGAGAGGAAGAGCAAGCGCAACUACACAGAGAUCGAACUGUUAAUUGUGCUACUGCUUGCCGGGGAUAUAGAACUGAACCCUGGACCACAGCUUCCAGUUACGAGUACCACGCUAUCAGCUUCCUUCCCAAACAGCCCCCAGCAUACUGGCCUUAACAGUCCCAUUAACCAAACUCACUCACCAUCAUCGAGGCUUCUGUUUCCACUAGCUGUGUCGGCGGUCUGCGCUCACCUUGGGCCAGCGGUUGGCAAUGCGCAGUCUCCAGGUUUGGUGCCCGCGCUGUCCGUGCUUCCCUCGUCCAGUCCUGGGCGGUUCGAGGACGAGUCCACCGUGGCGGCGAGGGUGAUUGCCAGCGGCCCUGGUCCAGCUCUCUGCCCAGACUGUGCGCACGGCGAGGGGUUGGGAAUUGGUGGCGUCGCCACGGCUAGCUGUGGCUACUUUGUGGCUUCUUGCACAGCCGCGGGAGCGACACCUGCUCCUGGCUCGAUUUCUGACAGGAGGCUUUCAUUGACUGCAGCCCCGCUGGUCACUGGGUGUGACACGGAGGAUCGCACGGAUGUGUUCAAAACAGGAAUCCAAACUACCGGUGUCAGCCGCACUGACCUGAACGUGGAACAGCUUUUGUUGAUGAAGGAGCAGCAGACGGCGAUGAAGACUCAACACACAGACACGCUCCAGCAGCCUCACCUGAGACUCGGCGAACAGUGA